AUGUCGAACGCGAACGCGAAUGCAUAUGACGUCAAGAUAACACCAACUGACAACCAGAAUAACGUUGGAUCGGCGAGGACGCUUACAGUGGUAGUUACAGACCUGAACAACGCGCCCUCUUUCUUCAACCUACCACAGAGCGUCCCGAUAGACGAGAACGUGGUCGUCGGUACCACCGUGUUUACGGUGUCCUUCACCGACCCCGACGACGUCAACACGCACACGUUUACGCUGGCGGCGUCAUCUUACUUCCAGAUCGCAAUACCGACAUCGGGAAACAUCACCACGAAGUCAGCCAUCAACUAUGAGACGCUGGGUGGCGUGUAUUCAUACGCUCUGAAUGUCACCGUCAGUGACGGAAUUGUGACGGUGACGUCAACGGUGACGUUCACAAUCAAUGACGUCAAUGAAGCGCUUGUAUGGAACGCGGCGACCUACAGAACCAACGUACAAGACGGAGCGGCCGUGGGUACUGUGCUGACUGAUCCUGGGUUUGCCGUCACAGACGAGGAUACCGACGACACGUACAAAUGCUUUAUGAACUGCGGCGUAUCCGCAGGUUAUUUUUCUAUUAAUACGUCAGCAUGCGAUCUUAAAGUGACGUCAGCAUACAGCCUGGAUGCCGGACUAACCAGUCCAGUCUCAUGUCUAGUGACCGCAGUGGACAAGGGGUCGCACACUGCCACGACCACUCUUAUCAUCACGAUAGACGACGUCAACAACUAUUCGCCGACGUUUUCUCAAAUCUACUACGACUUUACGGUAUCGGGAUCCGCCGGAAGUGGUACAUCCGUCGGCACCGUCACUGCCACCGACACCGACACUGGAACGUUUGGAACGUUCUCGUACACUUUGGAUAAAACCGCAUUAAAUGGCAACUACUUCACGGUGAACAGUGCGACUGGCGUCAUUAGUACCACAGUUAACAUGUUAACCGUCUGCAACUGCUCCGGGAGCACCCUCACCAUGACAGUGACGGCGACGGACAAAGGCGGUCGCAACGUAAGUUCACAAGUCGUCGUGUACGUUUCCGAGGCUACCACUACCUAUACAACUUCCACUACAGACAGAUAUCGAACCUUUUUCGAGGACACCAGGAACAUCGCGUGGUUCUCGGUGGCUAUGGUGCUCCUUGCAGUGAUAGCGGCGGUCACACCUUACGUAAUGGUCAAAUACGUCUGCGAAGGACCCGCCCUGUGUAAAAACCCAUGCAGACAAGUUUCACAUGAAAUCCAUGCUUUCUCGCUUACAGGCAUAUGCGCCCCUACAAUCCGACGCCCCGGGAGGUGUUCAACCCAUCACCGCGAACGCCACCUAGACCACAGCUUUUACAAAGCAUUCGGAAACCACCCCCACCCAAAGACAACCAGUUUUGGCGGAGUGAGAACAUCUGACUUUAGUGACGUGAUGAUGAACGUCAGGCAGUACGUCUCUGCGGACAUGACUGACGACUUCGAUUCAUAUAAGCAGUCCUAUGGUGUUUUAAAGUAGUUCUUGUGUUAAGUUACUUCUAAAGAACCUAUUUAUGCAAAAACUAAAAUUGUACCAACCUUAAACUGGCAUGUCCAGUCAUUCUACCAUGAAUUAUCGCGUACCAAUUCUUAUUUGCUUUAAUAAAAUUUAAGUAA